AGAAUCUCCCCAUGGUGGCGGAUGACAAUCGCCAGCUGUUCGCUGAAACGCAGUAUCUUGCAAGACCCCGUCGGUGCUAGUAGUUCGGUUUUACGCCUCGGAAGUGUGCGGAACGUGUGGAAAAAAACGGUUGCAAGAAGAGUGUGUGUAGGUGCCAGAAGGGUGCAACCUAUACCCGUUUUUAGCCGAAAGUGAGAUCAUUCCACUGCUGCAUCAUCCUUUCAGGAGGUCGUGCGGCACAGUGCAACAAACGAGCCAGCAGCAUUACUAAUCGAGCAUUCCCCUCGGGAUAGGAUAGGAAAGUCAUCAUCUGAAUCGGAUUGGUGUGUGGUCACAGACAGCAGGCGCCUCCUUCGAUCGAUCGUUGUGUCCUUUUCGGAGCAGAGCAACCCAUAGCAAAAAAAACCUCGCCGACCAGUGUACGCGAUAAUGUUCAGCGGAUUCACAGCCUCUCUGAAGAGCCUCGGCAGCAAGGCCGAGGGGCUCUUCGACAAGAAGAAAAAGGAAGCACAAGACAUGGCUAACGAGAAAGUGCAAACCGCCCAAAGUAUGGCCGAAGAUCAGGCCAAAAAGACGCAGGAGGCGUUCGGCAAAACGCAACAGGAGGCCCAAGGCCUGGCCAAUGCCGCCGCUAGCGAAGUCGAAGCUACUAAGCAGCAGGCAACGGCCGCUGCCGAAGGAACCGCCCAGGCCGCUGGAACGUUGAUGGAUCAUGCCAAGGAGGCCGCCACGAAUGCCGCCCAGCAAAGUGCACAAGUAGUCGAGAAGGCCAUCGAGGAUCAGAUGAAGGCCGCUGAAGAGAAGGUUGAUGAGGGCAUGAAAUUGGUCAGCAAUGAAGUGGACAAAAAGUUGCAAGACGCUAACAAGUAUGCCGACGAAAAACGUGGUGAAAUUGUGCAGACUGUUAACGACACCGCUGCCAAGGCGCAGGAUUCGGCAAGCUCCACGGCUGCCGGUCUGCUAGGAAAGCUAAACCUUGGGAAGUAAACAUAACAUCAACGCUGAACUAACCACACCCCCAAAAACAACCACGAAUUAAGGCAAACGAUUAACCUUUUCUUGACUCUCCAACGAUGAUAUUACUGAGUAGUUGAUUAGCAGCAGCCCAACAACUAGUGUAACGCCAACAAAGUCCGUUUCGGCACGACACGUGUCCGUCCAGUAGACAACUUCACUGAAUACGGCUCGGUUUUCCUUAGUUCGGAACCGAGCUGCUUCUAUUCAGUUCAUGUCGUUUAUUCGGGCAGCUUCAUAUAUUUAACAUUUUACUAGACAUACCAGAAGAUGAUAAAAAAAAAUCUGUUUCAGAAAACCAUUGUUAAUUAUUACCACACUACUGUCAACACUGAGCCGCGCAAAUCUCACAAACACAGAGAACAGAAAACUCAAACUUUUUUAACCGCUUCGCGGCGGAAGCAAGCUAAAUGGCCUUAUGAUGCGAAUCUCAAGCAAAAUCGUGAUGCAGAAGAUAGAUACAAACCAAUUAUUAAAUGACUAUUGAAUACAUAUUUUCCGCUGAUGCGCUUUGAUGUUUUUUGAGAAGAAGAAAAUCGUUAUAUAGUUCUUUACAUUUACUCGAACAUCCCCCCCCCUCCAAGGUCAGGGGUAAUUUUCAAGCUUUGAAGAAAUAAAAAAUAUAUAAAUGAAACUAGCGUGUAAGCAUACGUUUGACAACAAACAAAUGAAAUGAUGAUAUAACAAUGAACAUGAAAGCUAUCUUUUGUCGAUGUUUACCUUUUUUCUAUUUGAUAAAAAAAAACAAACAGUAGUUUUUAGCGCACAGUCAAAUGCAGAUGGAAUACGUGAAUAAAUGUUACA